AAGAGGAACGAAAUAAAAAUUGAGAGAAGCCGAGCAGAGUUCGAUUUCUGUGGUACCUCACCGGGCCCCAUUGUCUCCCCACCCGGGGUGUUCCUUGUACUCGGCCGGUCGCUAGUCCUUGUAAUGUCUCACGCACAAUUUCAGAAAUACGGUUGAUUCCUCCCUAAUAGGAUUUUGAAAAGAACAAAAAUACAGCGAGGAAACUAGCACAUAUUCUAAGUCUUGAUCCUCGUGUCACCAUGCAAAUUGGCGGUGGCGUGUUUGUGUGAAACAAUUGCGUUUCUUUGGACAUGGUAUUUGCAGCAACCGAGAUAACCGACAAUGAUGCCUGCUGUCGUGAGGUAUGGUAUGGACCCACCACUGACCCCAUGAAACACACCCAGCAACCGGAGACCAGCCAGCGCCAGGCGGUGCUAACGCCCCACCCACCCUCGCCAUCCUCCCCGCCCAUCCAACGCACCGCCAUCUACCAACUCACUCCAGCCCCACAGGACCUCAUGACGCCUAAGACCAACCUCCCAGUCGCUCUGGAAGCGAUGAGCAGCGUCUGGCUGCCGUCAAAUCAGGACCCCAGGCAGAAGGACACGGCGUUACCGGUCAUCGAGGGCCAACGAGGGCCCAUCCGGGCCGGAGACAACCGCCAAAGGCAACCGUACAUCGCCAUGGUGCCUACUCCAAGGACCGGUGCCAAGAGGAGCCACGGCAUCAUUAGGAGUUGCUUCUCGGAUAGCUUCCUUCAUACGAGAGUGGAGCCGCUAGAUGACAGCCUGAACACGCCAUCCAGACCCUUUAGGGGUCUGGUACCGACGUCCCAGGAUCACAGGCGUCCCUCAACACCGAUAGUAGAAAGCGCCACAAAAACUGCCAUCAGAGCUAGGAGACAGAGGUACUUCAGCUCCACAGAUUCACCAAGGACUCGACAGCAAGAGACGGGGAAAGGAACCCCGGUGGGACGGUACGAAUCCUCCACGAAGCUUCCCAACAGAACUAAGGGUCAGAGGGCAAUCUCGAAAGGUGGACGUUCCCACAAAGAAGCUGAGUUGAGAGACUCGGCGAAGGAGAUUGAGGACGGGUCGUUCUGCAUCUGGAAGGAGAAGACGCGAAGUUUGAGACGAGCUAGUGAAACGUCCAGCAAGGUAGAAGCUGCGACUCCAUCAAUGGACACUACCAAGACGGAAAGUAAGGAAGAGAGGAAGACGAACACAAGGAAACAAGAGGAAUUUGUCAUCAAGCACCUGAAUUACUGCAGCUCUAGGAAGACUAACCAAGUCGUCAAAUGGUUGAGGGAGGUUAACUUACAGGACAGUUUUGAAAUAAUCGAGUAAUAAGAUCUGAAAAGAUGCCAAGAUCAAGCCUUUAAGUUUGCCCUUAUGAAAACUCUAUACCCACAGUUGGCCUUCUUGUGCGAUUCUUCAUUAUUGUGUGCUUUGACUGAUAUGUGAUGUACUGCAUGCUUACUGUACGACACUUUAACAAAUUCAACACAUUAGGUCGAAAAAAAACAUCGGUCAGAAGAAUUUUCCGCUAAAAUUAAUUGCAGACUCAACAACUGUUGUACUUAGGCCCUAUUCUAUUUUGUAAAUAUAUUAUGUCAGAUAUAUUUUAUGCUGAUGAUCGAUUACUAAUAAAAUCAUAACAAUGGGAUACGUAAAGAUUUGAACCAAUUGUUUUGAUGAAAAAUUGGAAUAUGUGACAUUCUUUGACAGUGAUGCAAGCACAAUAGUUCUAUGGGCACGUUUGGUUAAUGUGUAACCGAACCUGAAACGAACCAAACAAAAAGAUACGAUAUGAUCGAAAUCAAGCUAGAAAAUGAUUUAUGCGUUCAUAGAGCAACCCCCUCGAGCGUUAAUGUGCUACAAUUACAAGGUGAUUAUCUCGUCGAUCUCCAUGGAACCUGUUUGCUCUUUGGCACCCCGUGUCAAGCAGUCCACAUUUACACCAGCACAUAAACUUGGAGUGUUUUCAAACUUUUACAGGGAUCAAUUUAGCGAGGAGCGCGCAGUGGGGUACGUUUUAUAGCGAUAGACAUACACUUUUGAUAUCUAACUUAUCGGGGAGGAAUUUUAGGGACCUCCCCUACCAUAUCGGCACCCAACUGUCCAAACACGAUCCUGUAGUAGUAAAGCGGUACAUAUAAAAAGAAGAAGAAAUGUUGGCCUGA